AUGACGUUCAAGUUCGGGUUCGCCAAAGAGGACGCGGAAGCCGGGGCGCCCUCCAGCGACCCCGAGGACGGGGAGCUUGGCGCGGGAGCUGCCGCGCCGUACGAGCACCGGCCUGGGAGCCCUGCGGGGUGCGCGGCGCGAGCGCGAGGCAAUGAGCGGUUCGACACGGUCGCGGUCGGUCCGCAGGACCGCCCCGUCGCGAUCCUGAAGGGGCGCGUGACCGGGCAGGACGCCGCGGAGCUCCUGGGCGCAGCGUGCGAGGCUUCGGACCUCGUGGCGGGCCGGUACGAGGGGGGCUUCAAGCUGUGGGAGUGCAGCGUCGACCUGGCGAACGUGCUCUGCGAGCGGUGGGAGCUGGCCGGCUGCGGCGGCGCACCAGGCCUGCCGCGCACACCUUCGCGCGCGCUCGCGGGGCGCAGCGUCGUCGAGCUGGGCUGCGGGCACGCCGUCCCAGGCAUACUCGCGCUGCUCGGAGGCGCGGAGACCGUCGUUUUGCAGGACUUCAACCCCGAGGUCGUGCGCGCGCUCGUCGUGCCCAACUGCGAAGCCAACGCGGCGCGGCUGGCCGCCGAGGGGGCGCAGCUGCCCCGGGAAACGCGCUUCCUCUCCGGGGACUGGGGCCAGCUCGACGACCUCCUGCUCCGGGGCGCCACUGCGGGCGGCUUCGACCUCGUGCUGGCGUCGGAGACGGUGUACGCGGAAGCGGCCGCGCGGCGGUUUUACCGGCUUCUUACGAAGGUGCUGAAGCGGCCGGGCGGCGAGGCGUACGUGGCGGGGAAGGCGUACUACUUCGGCGUCGGCGGAGGCACGCAGGCGUUCGAGGAGCUCGUGCGGCGCGGGGGCGUCCUGGGGUGCGAGGUGGUGUGGCGGUGCGACGACGGGCGCAGCAACGUCCGGGAGGUUCUGCGGCUCUGGCCGCUGUGA